GGUUGUUCAUAUGUAACUGAAAGUAUUUAUUUACUCUGUCAUAAAUGAAUAACGACUUUAAUAGACUUUACAAAAUUUAUAUAUUCAGAUUGGUCGAAUACAAAAAAAUCGCAGUGUCUAGAUUUCGCGCUAUCAAUGUUGACCGCAAAUAUAGCGAAAUUUAAACCUCCGCGAAUAUAACCCGCUUCACAGUACAUACAUUACCUCUUCGUCAAAUACAUAGAUUAUAUUUCGUUGAAUACACAGAUUUCGUGGUAAAACAGAUAGCAUUGGAAAACAAGAUUAUCACAAUGUUUGUUUAUUUUUAUUUUCGUAUCUGAUAUAAAUCCAGUUGAUGAACUGCUUCUUGAUUUUUUUCUCAUUUAUGUUUCAAAUUUCACAACAAUGUUGAACAUUUUGGUGAUCUGUUUGAUGCUUAGCUAUGUGCAUGCCGACUGUGAUCGAGAUAACGGUCCAUCAGGUGGGAGAGAGUGUGUUCUUCUAGAGCCAUACUAUAGCAGAUAUCAGUGGGCGACAUGCAUCACAGAUAAAUACAUUGAGACAUUUUCAAAAGGUAGACAUCAGUGCAUGGAUCAAAGCGCAGUUUACUGUUACUACCAGUGUAUGAUAGAGAUUCACGACGAUGGAGGGUCAGGACCCGUUUUCGAUGACUGUGCUUGUGAAAGAGAUGCAGCUCUAAAUGACACCACAACACUAGUGCCACAACCUACCAUUCCAGACUGGUGUUUCAGUCCAUCAGGAGACAACUGUAACUGGUACAGAGAGUGCCUUGAGAAACGAUAUCCUUGCAAAGCACAGGGUAACUCCUACGCACUAGAUUUUGCUGAAAAAUUUUGCAAGUUAUAUGAUGAUCAUUAUUCUUCGUUUGACAACAUUGGUCAGCAGUGGGUUAAUGCUGUACGAAAGUGUUUGCAGGUUCAACUUGUGCCCAUCCUGAGACCAUUUGUACAUAAAACUUGCGAUGAAAUCAAACUAAUGGCAUUUAAUUCGCAUCGGGAAUGUUACCUUCACCCUGACGCCAAUUCACCCUCCAUUUGUCAAAUAGGAUUAGUUAACUCUUUCAGAGUAUUUUGGACAGUAAAGAGUUCUUUAAUACAGGAGUCGUAUCUGGUAUUCAAGGAAAUGUUGUCUGUGAUAAAUGGUUGUCAUUAUUUUACCUCUCUUGACUUGUUUGGUCUAUUUACUUUUCCUAGGAUAACUCUGAUAGCACUUAUAUUGAAACCUGUUUACAACAGAAAAAUGUAUGAACAUGAAGUUGCUGAAAAGUUAUCAAACGACAUGAAAUGGAAAGAUAGAGAAAUAAUGUAUUUCGAUUAUGACCAUCUCAAUGGUGAUCACGUCAAAUCGGCCAUUGUGGUACAUAUUUUGUUGGCUUCGCGCUCUGAAUUUGACCUCAACUCUCAAAACGUCAGAUCAGCAAAUGUAUCAGAAGCGGUGAUGGAGCUGGCUGAGAGAAUUCAGAAUGGCGAUUUAGACCUCAGAAACGGAAUAGAAAUAGUUACCCUCAGCAUAUGUCUGAACUUAAAUUGCACAGAUACAUCACUUUCUGUGACAUCACCUCCUGGUACAUCACUUUCUGUGACAUCUCCUCCUGAUACAUCGCUUUCUGUGACAUCUCCUCCUGGUACAGACGCUUCACACACAGCUGAUGCCAGUUCUGUCGCAGCUUCUAAGGAUCAUCUUAACACAGUCAUGGUUGUUGGUAUUGUAUUUGGUUGUUUGCAUUACUUUGUCUGUAGUUUGUUUUAUUAGAAGAUGUGCAACCGGACAUAUAGUAUAAGCGGUAGAAUAUUGAAUAAACUGUGAUGUAUAUUCAUUUCAUUCUCUUCGGUGUUUUUAUAAUAUUAAGUAAAGUAGCGGAAGUCCAACGCGAAUGAGUUGUGAUUUUACACGAUAUAUAUAUAAAACAAAUGCUGAAUAUUUCCAUAGAUUAUAAUUAUGAUUUUCAUUGUUUAAAAUAGACAUAUUCAUUAUACAUAUCUUUUUUAUUGCUACGGAACUACUUGAUAUAUACAAAGAAAUAAAUACGUAUUAUGGAAUACUCAAACAAAAGCCAUGAAUAAAAAGAUAAAUAGUAGUUUUUCGACUUUAUCGGAAAAUUAAGCAGCACUAUACUUUAGGUGCAUCAUUUUAUCACAAGCUGGCAUUUGGAUAGAACCACCAACCUUCUGUAAGAAAAUGUAACAACACUGAGUCCAGUUAAAUUCAUAAAUGGUAUGCAUCAAACCUCACUCUUACCAUCCAUGACAUUCGCAAGCUAUAGAGCGACACCUACCAGGGGCGGUUCGAAUGAAUUGUUUUAUCCCAAGCAGGCAUUUGGGUAGAACCGGCAACCUUCCGUAAGUCAGCUGAAUAGCUUAUACACAUUUUCAAUGGUGCGAAUAUCACACUUGAAAUAAGUGCUCAGGUCAUUAAGAUCUUCGCCUAAUUUAAACUAAAUUAAGUUAUGUAGUAGUUUUUUGUACUUUAUGCGAAAUGUCAAAAUUCAUGUCCGUUUCUAAUAUUUAACGGGGUAUUAUCCUUACGGUAACGAUAUUUUAAAGUUAGUGCAAUAUCUUACAAAUAUAAAACUGCAAACAGUAUAGCUGACCCACUGGUAAAAUUAAGAAAGACAAAAUAUUGUCAUGAACUGAUGGUAUAACAUCCUGGUAAAUACUAGAAACGGACCUAAAUUUUGACAUUUCGCAUAAAGUACAAAAACUGGAUAUUGGUAAUUAUUAAACAACAUUUAACGUUUGCUAAUGAAGGGUUUUAAACUACUAUAUAACUUAAUUUAGUUUAAAUUCGGUAAAGAUAUUACGUAUAUGAAGCUGGCUGGUAGAAGGUACAGUGAGUCGGACAUCCAAUAUCCAGUUCUAACAUCAAGCCAGCAUUAAGUUAGGUAUAUAAGUUAUCUAAGGCUAAUAUCCAACCAGGGGGAAUACACAGCUCGCUGUGAGUUCGCUAUUCGCAACACAUCAGAAAAAUGAAUAUAUUAGCUGAAAAGAUCAGAAAGUUUAACAUCACUGAGUCCAGUUAAAUUCUUUAAUGGAAUGCACCAAACCUCACAAUCACAAUUAUGACAUUCGACAAUUACAUGGCGAUACAAUUUUUCCUGCAAGGUGAAUCACUUACACAUAAAAUAAUGGUCAAGGCAUGAUGUGUAAAACAAAACAUAUUGGUGUACAUAGCUAUAAAAACCAAAGAACCAUUUAAACAUUUUACUAAUGUCUUAGUAGAGGGCACACCAGCAAAAAACCCCAAAAAAAACAACACCAUUACGGAAGCGAUUGAACAUGUUCAGAGUUCAAGUGCCAAUGAAUACAGACCGACCGAGCUGAGUCGAAGAACCGCCUACAAUCAGCGCGUCCGUAUUUUUAUUUUUCAGCUUGAAAAUCAUUUUAAAAGUAAAUUUCUAUUAAUGUUCCAAAAGAUCUUCUUACAAAUUUUAUUAUAAUUUCAGGUAUCGCGUGAUAAUCUUUUUUUAAAUAAACAGCCACGCCGCUGUAUUUGUCUGAGUGCGUUCUUAUUAUAGCAUUGUUGAUACAAAGGUAAAAUUUGUAAGUCACAUCACACAUAAUGUCAUCUUAUAUUCUUCAUUAACUUUUAUGACCCGGACUCGAAUUCGCAUGAAACUCCAAUGUUUUGGUUUUACUUACCAGGGUAACGUAUGUUUUAUUAUGUCAGUUGCAUAAUAAUUUCCAGUUAAUUACAAAAAGAAAACAGCAUAUUCAGUGAUAGAGAAAAAUAUACAGUAUUGAGUGCUUUUAUUUUUGCCACACGCUAAACGCACUUACGCAUUAAAAUCAAAUCAUCCGUUUAAACAACAGGGCAACCGCGACAGCGUUGUAAAUUCGUCUAUAUACGUUGAUAUACUAUCGUAUAAAAACGAAAAAGCUUUAGUUUCAUCAAAAUUAGCUAACAUGACUGAAGAAAGAAAUGGACACUUUAUCAAAACUUCAUUUGAAUUUGGAAAGCCCAUAUCUUUACUUGCAUCUAACAUCAACCACAUAUAAAGAGUAAUUUAUAACAUACCUUUACAUCACCACAAAACAACAGUAAAAUGCAUUUAUUGAAUGAGCAUACAUUAAACUUUACCGAUCCGAUUAUAUUCGAAAAUUGCUUAGCUAUUGACAGAUGAAAUACCUUUUGCAAAAUGAAGACAGAUAUACCAACUAUUACUUAUCAAAGAACAGAAAGGUAUUUUCAGUGAGUAUUUCAUGAAACCAUUAAACAUGUAUGGGCACAAGCAUAAGACUUGUAAAUAUAAUGCAUUUACGUUAUCUAAGCUUUCUGUUAUUUUUCAAUGACUUUACACAAUUUAUAUACUCAAGAACAAAUGUUUUGCCCAGUUAACAAACAGGGGUGAGGACAAGACACGAGAAAGGUACUGCCUAUUAUGAACUGUGAUAGUUAGGUAAAAUGUAAGGGUAGAUUUUCCGGAAGCACAGAACACCCCAAACACAGACAUAGAGCCAUGCAUCGCAAAGAAGGCCAACAACAAAAAGAAGCUGUAACGGAAACAUAUUGUAGACGGGUUGCUUCAGAACUCAAACAGCAAGUUCAUUCUAGUUAUAAAUAAAAAAGGAGGAGUGGGUAAGGCGUAGAUAAAAAGAUGGGGUGCUGGGGGGAAGUAGAAAAAUGCAAGGAUGAAUAUUCAACAAGGAAAGUCCAUUUCUAAAACGCAACACACAACUAUCGUUCACAGACAAAAACAAACAAAUAAGAAAAAAUAACACAGUGGAGCAGAGUCCAAGACACACGCACAAAGACGAACGCAAGAAAAAAAAACAACACAGUACGGCAGCGCCCAAGGGCGGCCGGUGGCCAAAAAAAAUGGUUAGCACGAUAACUUAUUCAUAGUUAAAGGAGAAAUUUGAGAUACACGUUGAAAAUCAUUAUGAUUUAUCCUGUUUUGUUGUUACGAAACAAGCAACAAAAACUUUAGUGUGCUGAUUCCGUGAAAUAUUAUCCAUCACGCUUUCCUUCCUCUUUGAUCCUUUAUUUUUCAUGCUGGUCUUUUUUUUUUUUAUGCUGAGAUAGAUUUUAUUAAAUUUCCACCACGCGUAACACAAAAUACGAGACAGACAGAAAACAAGUUGAAAAUAGGGUCACCGCCUUGGAACGGUCAGUAACGUAAAUAAUGGAAACUGGGGGUUUAAAUGCGUUCUCGACCUGACCUUAUUUUCAACAAGUUAGACAAGACAGUGUAACUAAAAUCACUCCCAGCUGAGAAAGGCUCUAACAUAAGUGGCAAAAUACCAGAUUGAUUCCAUACAGAUCAUAUAAAAUAAAAUAUAUAAGUAGGGUCAAUCUAAGGUAUAAUUACACCAAUAACUCAAUAACUUGUCUGAAGUCAGAGCACCAAGUGCCAACCUUUCAAGGGUACGUCUUAGCAAGCUGCAAGACAACAUUCCACUCCCUCCGUCUUUUUUACUUUUGUAUGAUUUUGGAGAAAAGCAACAGGGAGUCUUACACAUUUUAUUCAUCGCACCAUCAAAUAUGUAACUGUAGAGGGGUCAAUCACCAAACAUGCACUGUGGUUAUCGAUUUUCGCAUUGUAUCCUCUUUCGUUGAUUUGUUUACACAUUUUACAAAUGCUUAAUUAAAAUAAGCGUUAUGAUUAAAUUUUCGAAUUUCAUAAAUUACAUCCCCAUAUUUUUAGAUGUGUUAUAUUUCUUUUAUUAUUUAUUUUUAUAUUAUAUUUUUUAAAGUCCGAACGAUCUGUAGUAAAAUUUAGUGAAAACCAAUCCGUUGUUCAUGAUAUCGGUAACUCGUUAUACCCCCACCAAACAUGUUUGUGGGGAGCUAUAUAGGAGUCAGUUUUGUCCCGUCACGUCGCGUCGCGUCCCGAAAUCUAUAUCUCAGUUAUUACUAAAUGGAUUUGUUUCAAACUUAAAACAGGCGUUCCACCUAAUACCCACAUCAUGUUACACAACGUGCGUAACUCUGACCCCAAUUUUUCAUGAAUUAUGCCCCCUUUUACUUAGAAUUUAAGGUUUAUUUUGAUGCAUUUUUACUAUAUCUCACUUAUUACUAAUUACUAAAUGGAUUUGAUUCAAACUUAAAAUGAAUGUUCAACCUUAUCACCCACAAUAUGUGACACAAGGUGUAUAACUCUGACACCAAUUAUUCCAGAAUUAUGCCCCCUUUUACUUAGAAUUUAAGGUCAAUUUUGAUGCGUUUUCACUAUAUCAUUCUGAUUGGCUUAGAGUCAUAAGAAAGUAACCUUUUUUAACUUUUGUACAGAGUUACUUCCCCUUAAGUUCCAAGAAUUAGUCUAUUUUUAGAAAUUCUAUCUUUAGAUUUUGAGUUCAUUUUUAUUAUUAGUCCUAUGUAAAAAGUAAAUACAUUUUUCUAUGGUAACAUAUGUCAAUAAGAAAAUUUUUUUGUGUUCAGUUUUAGUGUAUCUCUAAUAUUAGAGAUUUUUAUAUUUACCUCAUCCCUCAUCCUGGGCACAUAUACUAGCGUUGUGACAUCGCUAAAUGUCGCUACAGCGCUAGCAUUACUUAUAUAUGCCACGGAAGCCCAGGAUGAAGUACUCCAAAGACGAUUAAAAAAAAAUUAAGUAUUUAGUUUUAUUACGUUUUAGAUUAUUCUAAUUAUUUUUAAAAUUUCUUAUUAAAAUCCUCUCACUUUGAGCAAGCUAAAUAAGUUUGAAAUAGAGACACCGUAUGAUGUCGCUUGAGGGACAUCCCUAUCAACGACGAGGAAGUUGAUAAUAUCAAAACUGAUAUCUUCUCCUUUAUCAUAUACUUUUGUUUCUAAACUACUCUUCACAACUUCUAAACUUAAGUCCUAAAAUGACGCUUCUAAACCUGAGGUAUUAGUCUCAUUCAGCUGUAACUCUUUCCACCAUUUCUGAAAAAUAUAGGUUGUCCAAAAUAUCACAAAGGUACCUCGAGGUUCCGUUAAAAUAAUAAAUCAAUAAUGUCAAAUUGUGUCUCAGUGGACAAACUGAGCUUAAAAUCUCGUUCAUAACAGUAUAAGAAUAAAUCAGCAAAAGUCGGUCGCAGCUGCUUCCCAUCAGGAUACCGAUGUUUUAUCGCCAAAUUUAAUAAAUAUGCUAUCUACCAGAAACCUUAGGGCUUCACAAACCUGUUUACAACUCCAUAGGGUAUAUUUGAUAAGUUUAUUACCACACCAAACAAGUUUAUGACCAUAAAAUAUUCCAGAUCCAGAUUGGUAAUGAAUUUGAUUUACAAAAAGGUUUUUAUAAACAUUCCUGUAGUACCGUUUUGCACAUUUGUAUCACACUAUCAUCGAUAAUUACAGGUAAUAUUUUGUGUGUGUUCGGGCUAUGGCCGAAAAGUUGAUGUUAAUUCUUUUCAUGAUAUGUUAACAGCGCAUUUGUUUUUGUUCCUUAGUAUAUAAUUUUAAGUUUGAUAAUUCAUAUUCGUCAAUCGUGUUCACAAAGCAUAUGUUGAAACAGACUGUUAGAUUACAAAUCAAAUACUUUUGUCGUAUCUUAUCUGAUAAAAAUCCAGUUGAUGAUAGUUGAAGUUUAAAAUAUUAAUAUGUUUAGAUUUACCAAAUUUAUGUUGUACAACUUAUAACUAUGAUGAGGUUUUUAAUUAUAUAUUUAUACUUGUUGCUUACUUAUGUUCAUGCCGACUGUGAUCGAGAUACGGGUCCCGCAGGAGGUAAGGAGUGUGUACUGCUAGAACCAUCGUACAGUAAAUAUCAGUGGGCGACUUGCCUUACAGACCAGUACAUCAAAACAUUUUCAAAAGGAAGACAUGAAUGUAAGGAUCAGACUAGAGUGUACUGCUACUACCAGUGUAUGUUAGAGAUCCACGAAGAUCGAGGGUCAGGUCCCGUUUUCGAUGAUUGUGCUUGUGGAAGAGAUGCAGUUCAAGGUGACACCACCACAAUAGUACCACAACCGUCCAUUCCAGACUAGUGUUUCAGUCCAUCAGGAGACAGUUGUAACUGGUACAGGAAAUGUCUUGAGGUCACAAAACAGUUUCAAAAGUACUAGUCUUGGAAAUAAAAUAAGAAACCAAUAAGUUUGCUUAUUUGACUUUUUAGAGUUUGGCAUGAUACUAAAUGAUGUAUCCAUCAGGAGACAAUUGUAACUGGUACAGGAAAUGUCUUGAGGUAACACAACAGUUUCAAAAGUACUAGUCUUGGAAAUAAAAUAAGAAACCAAUAAGUUUGGCAUGAUACUAAAUGAUGUAUCUUAUCGAAAACGUACGAUUUUAUUCCUGUACAGAUACAUAAUUGAUUAAAGUUGAUUGACUUUAACGGUAUAUUCAGUUUCAAGCUUGUUUCAUCCAGUAUUGAAAUUCUUUCAGAAACGAUAUCCUUGCAAAGCACAAGGUAACUCCUACGCACUGGAUUUUGCUGAAAAAUUUUGUAAGUUAUAUGACGAUCAUUAUUCCUCAUUUGACAACAUUGGUCUGCAGUGGAUUAAUGCUGUACGCAAGUGUUUGCAGGUUCAACUUGUGCCCAUCCUGAGACCAUUUGAACACAAGACAUGCGAUGAAAUCAAACAAAUGGCGUUUGAUUCUCAUCCAGAUUGUUAUAUUAAUCCGGAGAAUAAUGCACCGUCAAUGUGUCAAAUUGGACUGGUUAACACAUUUAUAGCAUUUUGGACAGUUAAGAGUGCAUUACUUGAGGAAACAGGCGGUACUCUGGAACAGAUGCUUUGCGUAAGCAUUGGAUGUAAUAGAAUCAACUUAUUAUUUCUGACCCCAGGGGGUAUGACACUGAUUAAGAUUGGAAUAACUUUUUUAUAUAACAGUCUAAAAUAUGAUAUUUCCAAUAAGUUAGCAUCUCAAAUGAAAUGGCCUGAACGUGGAAUUAUGCAUUUUGCUUAUACAAGCCUCGGUUGCAGUCACUCACAUCGAAGUAAGAGAAGCUUCGAUACUGGAUCUACUGAAUUCGUACACAUCUUGUUAGCCUCGCGUUCUGAAUAUGACCUCAACUCUAAAAACGCUCCACCAGCAAAUGUAACUGAAGCGGCAAUGGAACUGGCAGACAUAAUUCAAAACCGGUAUAUAGACCUUGGAAACGGAACAGAAAUAUCUGAACUUAAUAUCUGUUUGAAUUUCAACUGCACGGAAAAAGUCCGGUCUGUAGCACAUCCUCCUACUACGAUUGUGGUUACCAAGGCAAUGCAAACGAAAGUUGAACUCACUGAGAGUAUCACUGACGAAAAUAAAGAACAUACGACGUCGGUUUUCAACGAUAUCACAACUGCAACAGCGGAGUUCUUCCAAACAACGUACGACACUAGCACUGAAAUUAUCCGGAAUGCUAGCCAUACCAUGAAAAGUUCGUUGGACGGGACGAGUUCUUAUGACAAUCUUACUACAAGUAUGGAUAAGACUAACAACGCAAUUGCUACAGGUUCCAAGGGUAAUCUCAAUGCAGGGUCCAAAGCUGGAAUCGUUUUCGGCUGCAUGUUUACUGUCGUUUGCCUUACUGUGCUCGUUUCUUGCUUGAUUAAAAAGCGUGCCACCGGAAAUGUGGUUUACGCGCUAGUGUACAAAAAGGGCGACCGUGACCUCUCAUCUGAAAUUUGACCAAUUUCAUAAAGAAGUUGUGUUUUAAAAGUAAUUUAACGGGUUGUAUUUAAACAUAUGUAUAAUCACAUGCGUCUUUUUGCUGAUGACAGUUCUUUUUCUGUAACCAGUCAGGGACUCAAACUUCAUAGAAUUAACUCUAAGACUUAAUGAAGACCUCAAAAGGAUAGCAAAGUGGGUCAAACAGUGUUUAGUUACGUUUAACCUUAAUGAACAAGACAAAAGUUAUUUACUGUUCUCUUACUAAUAAUCCUUAAUCUACUUUUUAUUUUGAUAAUUUUCAGUUAAGUUUUACUCGUUACCAUAAACAUCUUGGUCUACUAUUAAGUGAGAACGGUACUUGGCACGCGCAUAUUUCAGAUAUAACGAUAUCUGCCUCAGAAAUAUUGGGAUCAAUGCGCUUGUUAAAUUCGACCUAUAUUAGAAUAUGCCAGUGUAUUUUGAGAUAGCUGUACCGUAUACGAAAAGGAAAACAUUGAAAAAUUACAGUACGAAGCUGCAAGAUUAGUUACUGUUUAACCAAGUCUGUUUCAAUCGAAAAGUUACUACUAGAAAGAGGAUGGGUAUCGUUAUCAGACCGUCGACUAAUGCAAAAAUGAACUAUAAUGUAUAAAGCAAAAAAAAAUGGCGAUUUACCAAACUAUCUUAGUACCUUCUUUCAUAAUGAAGUUUAAGUAACUACGUCAUAUAAUUAAAGAAAUGAUGAUAAUUAUGCUACAGUUGCAAGAUGAACAGAAAUAUUUUCUAAAUUUUGUAUACCCUCUGCUUUUUCUGCUUGAACAACAUAAAAAGUAAUAUUCGAGAAUCGUCUUCUUUAAACGGUUUUAAAAACAUUCUCAAAGUAAAAUUUAAACAAUUCUCAAAGAAAAAUUUUAAACCUCCCUAAGUUCCUACGUUCUACUUAUCUUGUGUGAGGACAUUGUCUGUAGUGAUUUUUAAUAACCAUUUGAGAUUCAACGCAGUGUGAAAUUGGCUAUGACAUAGAAGAUGCUGAGCAUUUCUCUUUAAAACCAGUCGUUUCCGAGAUCAAAGACAUCAGCUAUUUAUAGCCAUACACCCUUUUUAACAGAGACAAGCAUAAUUUAGAAUAUGUUUUAUUAGCGCCGUAAAUAACAAAUCAUUUUUUUCCACGUUUUAUUAAUUGGUCAGAUCUAAAUUUGUCAGAGAUAAAAACCAACAAAAAACAGGUGUGGAGUUAAAAAAGUUGCUGGGUAUAUAUAAGUAGUUGGUUAAUUGCAAAGUACAACUGAGGUAGGAGAGAAAAAAUGUAAGAAUUUUUCCUUGUCUGAAACAAAUAUUCUACCCACAAAUCUAUCUCAGUUAUAAAAUAUCAGCGAAGAAAGAGGUUCCAGUGCGAAAUAUUUCACACAAUUCACCAGAACUUUUGGCAUUACAAGUGUCACAAAUACCAUUACUGUUCGUUUCGUAAAGUGAUUAUCAAAUCAAAUGUAUUUUUAAAACAGGUCAACCGUUUAGGAACAUGAAAUCUAAAGAUAAUGUUAAUUUAGCUAAAAGAUUGGAGCAUAAUACGGAUUAUAAAUUAAUAAUGUCAUCCCGAUAAUAACAAUGCCCGAAAUGUUGGUAAAAAAUCAAAAAGAUCACCCUCUAACUAUAAAUAAUUCCUGUUUUACUCAAUUCAGCUUAUCCUUGCGUCCUCGAGAUAUAGAGUUAUUUAUGUCCCACUUCUUAAACAUUAUAAAUAUCAAAUGUAUUAUACUAUUUAUAACUGGGAGCCACAUUUAGAUAAAGCUAAGUAAAUACGGAAUCAUACGGAAUUAUACAUUUUAUUUAUAAAAUCCUCGGUUGCAAUUACUCAAAUCGAAGUAAGAGAAGCGUCAAUGCUGGAACAUCUGAGUACGUACACAUCUUUUUAGCCUCGCGUUCUGAAUACGACCUCAUUCAAAAUAGCAAUUAAGACCUUAGAAACGAAACAGAUAUAUCUAAACUAAAUAUCUGCUUGAAUAUGAGACACCACCCCUACUACGACAAUGGUUACCACGAAAAUGCAAACGGAAGUUGAACUCAGAGUACCAGUGGUAAAAGUAAAGACCAUACGACAACGCUUUUCACAUAUAUCACAACGGAAGAAAUUAACAAUAACACAUCAACAAUUAAGGUAUCUGGUACUGCAACGUCAUACUCGUUACCGACCUUAUCUAUGAACUGCUAAUAUUUUACAUUCAAACUUCAAAUUUUAAGUAUGAAUGAGGUAUAACAGAAAUCUCAAUAAUUUUAGAUCACCCCUUGUACAUCGCAUUUGCCAAAAGAAUUAAUAAAACCAGUUAAAAUCCGCACAUUAAGCAGUUCUGUACGUUAUAGUAUUGAGAAUUCUAGCCAUUUGUCUAAACAGCAAGGUGGUAAGAUGUCUAUAAGACCUCAACAUCAGCAGUUAAACAUGUAGAAUGCGGGAAUACACCCUAUGAAAAGUCAGUCCUUGACAGUACGAUAGAUAAAAGAGGGUCUACGUACUAUCAUACCCAUUCGAAAUUUUGACACUUAUAUUAAACAUAAUCACACUUCAUUUUCACUAUUAAUGAUAAAUCCUUGUUAUUGGUCUGAAAUGACCUAAGAAUAUAGAAAUACAACCCCAACCCCCACCCCCUCCACAACCCCCACCAUUUCCAUCCUUUACAAAGACUUAUCUUUGAACUGAACUGAACAAGAGGGUGCUACGGACUGUUGCUAGCCACGGCCCUGACAAUAUCAAACGCGCCACACUCCGUUAUUGAGGAUAAAUCGUACUAAAUGUCCCAGAAUGCAGGGAAUAGGGCUUAGAAAAAACAGCAUUUUGCGGAGUGUUGUUGCAAGCGUCCGAAAGAGACAUCAUAACUGGGAAUUCUAUUCUAUUCUAAGUUAUUCUAUUGUGGAAUAUUAUAUUCUAUUCAGGUAUGUUCUGUUUUUCUUUGGUGUUGUGCUGUGUUUUAAGGAUGAUAUAAUCUGUGACGUUUUCGUCGAAAUAUAUUUUGUAUUUUUGGACAGAUAAAUUAAUACGUUUUUUGCUUUGCUAGGGAAAAUUAUCCGAAGCUUGCAUUUUACAACUGGAAAAAAUCACAACAAUAUUAACUUAGAUAAUUGAUAUUCGCCGAUUUGCAAUAAAACAUACAUUGCUGGAUCACUAGAUUGUUACGAAAUCAUAUUAUUGUCGGUCUUAUCUGAUAAAAUCCACUUGAAGGUGUUAAAGUACUCUUGUCUUUGUAUUUAAAGCUAUUAUUUAAAAUUACCGAUUUUAAAACACGAUGUUGGACGUUUUAGUUUUAUACUUGUUGCUAAAUUAUGUGCAUGCAGACUGUGACCGAGAUACGGGUCCAGCAGGAGGAAGAGAGUGUGUACUGCUGGAUCCAGACUAUAGUAAAUAUCAGUGGGCGACUUGCCUAACACAAAUACAUCAAAACAUUUUCAAAAGGAAGACAUCAAUGUGAGGAUCAGACUAGAGUGUACUGUUACUAUCAGUGUAUGAUAGAGAUCCACGACGAUGGAGGAUCAGGUCCCGUUUUCGACGACUGUGCUUGUGGAAUAGAUGCGGCACAAAGUAGCACUACUACACUUGUAACAAAACCGUCCGUUCCAGACUGGUGUUUCAGUCCAUCAGGAGACAACUGUGACUGGUACAGAGAGUGCCUUGAGAAGCGGUAUCCUUGCAAAGCACAGGGUAACUCCUACGCACUGGAUUUUGCUGAAAAGUUUUGCAAGUUGUAUGAUGAUCACUAUUCCUCAUUUGAUAGCGUCGGUCAACGGUGGAUUAAUGCUGUACGAAAGUGUUUGCAAGUUCAACUUGUGCCCAUCCUGAGACCAUUCGUACACAAGACUUGCGAUGAAAUCAAACAAAUGGCGUUUGAUUCUCAUCCAGAUUGUUAUAUUUAUCCGGAUAAUCAUGCACCGUCAAUGUGUCAAAUUGGACUGGUUAAUACAUUUAAGGCAUUUUGGACAGUAAAGAGUGCAUUGGUUCAGGAAACAGGCGACACUCUUAAACAGAUGUUUUGUGUAGGAAUUGGAUGUAAUUAUAUUACAGUAUCGACGUUUAAAGCUUUAUUUUCUACGAAAAAAUCAUAUAUUAAACUGAUAAUGAUCGGGGUAAAGACUGGAUGGAAGAUGAUAGCAAACAGGCUGGUAUAUGAUAUUUCCGAAAAGUUAGCGUCUCAAAUGAAAUGGCCUAAAAAAGGAAUUAUGCAUUUUGCUUAUACAAUCCUCGGUUGCAGUCACUCAAAUCGAAGUAAGAGAAGCGUCGAUGCUGGAACAUCUGAGUUUGUACACAUCUUGUUAGCCUCGCGUUCUGAAUAUGACCUCAACUCUAAAAACGCUCCACCAGCAAAUGUAACUGAAGCGGCGAUGGAGCUGGCAGAUAGAAUUCUAAAUGGGGAUAUAGACCUUGGAAACGGAACAGAAAUAACUGAACUUAAUAUCUGCUUGAAUUUCAACUGCACAGAAAAAGCCCGUUCUGUGACACCUCCUCCUACUACGACUGUGGUUACCACGGAAAUGCAAACGAAAGUUAAACUCACUGAGAGUACAACUGAUGAAAGUAAAGAACACACGACGAGGGAUUUCAACGAUAUCUCAACUGUAGAAGUUAACAAUAACCCGUCAUCAUUUAAGGUAGCUAGUACAGGCGCUUCUAUAAAAACAGAGUACUUCCCAUCAACUUACGACACUAGCACUGAAAUGAUCAAAAAUGCUUACAAUACCACUGUAAGUUCGAUGCACGCCACGAUCUCUAAUGACAAUGUUUCUACAAGUAUUGAAAAGAAUAACAAAGUAACUGCCACAAGCUCCAAGGGUCAUCUCAAUACAUGGUCUAUAGUUGGUAUCGUUUUCGGUUGCAUAGUAGUUGUCAUAUGCCUUAUUGUGCUCGUAACUUGCUUGGUUAAAAAGCGUACCACUGGAAGUGUGGUUUGAUUGCUUGAAUAACAAGUAUUAAAAUAACAAAUGGUCUAAUACAAACAUUUUAAUAAACAUUAGCAAAGCAUACGAAUAGACGGACAGUUUUCUUUUAAAUAUUCCCUUUAUGUAUAAUUUAUAUGAUUGAGAUAUAUCUAUUAGAUAAAAGCGGUUACCGUACGAUUAGCUUAAAAUUCUAGUUGAGUGACAGUCACAAUUAGUGUACAUUUUUAUAAUGCUAUAAAGAAAUACUAAGAGUAUAGUCUCUGAUUAUUCUCAUGCUUUACAUGUUAAUCAUUAUCUUUUUGAUCCAAACACCAAUACUAAUAUAGGAAACUUCCUUCUUAAUUUCUUUAAUGACAUAACUCAAAUUCCAAUAAUGUUCAUCAAAAUACCACGUAAACAAAUAAUUUUGUGUUCGAUAAGGAUAGACACGUCAUUUUAUAUUUCAACAAACUGGUUAAAAUAUGACUUAUGUAAAUAAUUACAUUAAUAUAAAAAACAUAUAUUUUAAAGGAAUCUAAAAAAACUGAAAGGGCGCGUAUUCAAUUUAAUGAUUA